AUGGCUCAGAAUUACAAUGAGCCACUUUUCCUGUGGGUUUCAGAUCCAGAGUUCCCUGCUCAUUGCCUAAGCAAAUAUAAAAACCGCACUUGUGUUGUGGCCUUCAUUUGUAAACUCUCUUAUGUUCUCCCUUUAUCUGGAAGCUGUACAUUGCACACUGAACCAAAUCUGUUGUACUGUGCUCAGAGAGAGUUACAGGUAACAAAGUUAACAUUUACUCUACUCUGUCUGGAGUUGGGGAAGGAAUGUGACUCCUGCACUUUUUCCUUCCAUCUUUUUCAGCAAAGAGUUGAAAUCCAUAAACUCCGGCAAGGUGAAAAUCUGAUUCUUGGAUUCAGUAUUGGAGGUGGAAUUGAUCAGGACCCUGCUCAGAAUCCUUUCUCUGAAGAUAAAACUGACAAGGGCAUCUAUGUAACAAGGGUGACAGAAGGAGGCCCAGCAGAAGUUGCAGGACUCCAGGUUGGAGACAAGAUAAUGCAGGUGAACGGGUGGGACAUGACAAUGGUAACCCAUGACCAAGCGAGGAAGAGACUGACAAAGAGGAAUGAAGAAGUGGUACGGCUCCUGGUGACCAGACACUCCCUCCAGAAGGCUGUGCAGCAGUCCAUGAUGUCCUAAUUAUGCAACUAGUAGGGGGAAGGACGACACUAUAGGGUGACACUCCCUUGUUAUAAGGAAGCAAAUACUAAACUGGAGUUAUUUGUAAACACUCGUACUGCCCAAGGUAAACAUGCACUGCUUCAACCCUAAACUGAGAAUAGUCAACUCUAGCCCUUUCAGCAGCAAGAUGUACACUGCAUAGAACAGCACCUAACCCUCUGUGCUCAAAGCUUUACCAUGCCAGUGGCAGGAGAAGAUAGCAAUUACAUGAAGAAAAGAGGCAAAAGACUAGAUACUUGAGGGAAGAAAUUGUGAAAAAAGUCAAUUAGUGGGAGAUGAUUUUUUUAUAGGGCAACAGUUCCCUAUUGCUGAGCAUUGAAAACUUAGCUCCUUCUGCAAAGGAGCAAAUAAUUACCACCAAGGGGAGAGGAGGCAGUGUUUUAUUGGGAUUAAAAAAGGUUAGUGACUAGUUCCUUGAUCGUUCAAGUUCAGUAUGGAAAAUGCUCCACUACCCUUUGCAUCACAUGCUGGUAAGAGGUAAAUAGUCUGUCGGGUUGAAGGCUAGUCUUUUGUUCUGAAGUGUUCACUACAAGAUUUUAGACCCCUUCACCAAACAGCUUGUCAUAAGAGGGACAUUUGAAUGAGCAGUUAAUGCUUAAAUGUAAUAAUGGAAACUGGGAUUUAGUAACACAUUUCAAGACACUACAAUUGCAAAGUGCCUCUAUACAAGAAACAGUGAUGGCUGCUUCACAGAAUACUAGGGAACAAACGCCAGCUUUAACAUGCCAUAACUAUUGCAACUCUAGGGUAUAAGCUUUAAAAAUAUACUGUAAUUGGGAAAGGGAUGGAAGGCUUUGUCUUUGGUGAACAUACAGGAGACACGGUUCCACUUCCUCACUGCACAUUUUGUAAAGUCUUUUCAAAGAGAAAGGGCAGCUGGUCUGUUUUGUAGGGGGAAGACAUAUUUAAAUCUUGUAUUAAGUAGAAAUAUGCACAAUGAGCUUGCCAACAUCUAUUGUACCAAAAUUCCUAUUCCUGACCUGUGGUAGGCAAACUAUAAGCAAUCCUUCACCAUGGCCAAACUAAGGGGUUUUAGGAAUUUUUUCUGCAGAAGCUGCUCUUAAGUGGGUUUUAAACCCAUCAGUGAACCACAUUAACACUUUAAAGGCAUUAUAUAGGCUAGCUUUAAUUAGUUCAAGAAGAUGAAAUCUGAAAAUUAAGUUUGUAUAACUAGUUUUAGAUGACACUAUAUAACCUCUUCAACUGUCUUCACACUAGUUUAAAAAUAACUAGAGCAGUGGAGAGAAGUUGUAUACUAGGUUAUUACUGCAGUGCUAUAUAGGAUCUGAGUUCAAUGAAUUUUAUAAACUUGAUAAAUGCAGCUCAAAGUGUUCCACUCCAUAUCUCUACAUGCCAUUAGAUGCCUCUCUUUAUACAGGAAAAAACCUUAAACAACAAAUAGUCACACAAAACAUGUAGAUGUAAAGUGGGUUGCACCAUGAAAGCUCAUGAUAUAAUCUACAUGUUGUGUUAGUAUUUAAGGUGCUACUAGACUAGUUGUUUAAAUUUUUCCUGUUACAGACUAACUCCGCUACCCAUCAAUCUUUUUAUACAGUUUUUUACCUUAUUCAGUAAUAUAAAAAAUCCAAAAGGAAUUUGACAUUUAAAUUACACAUACUGUGGUGGAAAAAUAUCUUAAUAGCUUUACAGAUAGGCCUUAUUUUUGUUUACUGUAGAGAAGUACACUGCUAUUUGUACUGUGGUUUCUUGAUUUUACACAAUAAAAGAAUUUAACAGUC